AUGCAUGUGGGGGUGUUGGGGCUUUGCAUGCAUGCGCGCAUGCAAGGCUUUGGGGCUUUGCAUGCAUGCACGCAUGCAUGCAUGCACCCACCCACGCAUGCAUGCAUGCAUGCACACACGCAUGCACGCAUGCAUGCAUGCAUGCAUGCAUGCAUGCAUGCAUGCACACACGCAUGCAUGCACGCAUGCAUGCGGGUUUGCAUGCAGCGCCACGAUGAGUCUGCAUGCAAUGGGUUUGGUCCACUCCGACAUAAAAGCCCCAAACUUUUUCGUCCACCACGACGGCAGAAUUUACUUGGGAGACAACGGGCUCUGCACGCCGGCGAACCAGAACACGGAGUGUCUGAACGGGACGCGGCGGUACUUGCCUCCGGAAAACAUGCGUUGUCAACUUUACGAAAAAAGAAAAAUUUUAACUUCCGAAAGAAAAGACUCUUGGGCUUUGGGAGUUUUGCUGUUUCACCUUUUCUGCAAGGCCCUGCCCUUCGACGUCUGGCCCGGAGACCUCGCAGGUCAGCAGCAGCAGCAGCAGCAGCAGCAGCAGCAGCAGCAGCAGGUGGAGCGGCAGCAGCAGCAGUUCGGGAGCAGCAGCAGCAGUGCGAGAGCAGCAGCAGCAGUUCGAGCAGCAGCAGCAGCAGGAAGCUAUGCCACGCGACAAUAGACGCGGGGAGGAGCUGGAGGCAGCAGCAGCACGGCUUAGCUUCUUUGGCUGCUACUGCUGCUGCUGCUGCUGUCUACUGCUGCUGCUGCUGCUGUCUACUGCUGCUGCUGCUGCUACCUAGAGCUGCUAGUGCUGCUAUCUAG